GCUCCGCCCCGGCUCACUGGUCCCAGAAGGCGCCGGGUUUCCCAAGAUGGCGGCCGACGUGUCCGUUACUCACCGGCCCCCACUGAGCCCGGAGGCUGAGGCCGAGGUCGAAGCUGACGAUGCCGCGGAGCGCCGGGCGCCCGAAGAAGAACUACCACCGCUAGAUCCAGAGGAGAUCAGGAAACGCUUGGAACACACAGAGCGUCAGUUCCGUAACCGCCGCAAGAUACUCAUCCGGGGCCUCCCGGGGGACGUGACCAACCAGGAAGUGCACGACCUGCUCAGCGACUAUGAGCUCAAGUACUGUUUUGUGGACAAAUACAAAGGGACAGCCUUUGUGACCCUGCUGAACGGGGAGCAGGCUGAGGCCGCCAUCAAAACGUUCCAUCAGAGCUGCCUGAGGGAGCGAGAGCUAUCAGUGCAGCUCCAGCCCACGGAUGCCUUGCUCUGCGUGGCCAACCUGCCCCCCAGCCUCACGCAGCAGCAGUUCGAGGAGCUGGUGCGGCCCUUCGGCAGCCUGGAGCGCUGCUUCCUGGUCUAUAGCGAGCACACUGGCCAUUCCAAGGGCUACGGCUUUGCCGAGUACAUGAAAAAGGACUCAGCUGCCCGUGCCAAGUCGGACCUGCUGGGCAAGCCUCUGGGCACGCGCACCCUCUACGUGCACUGGACAGAUGCGGGGCAGCUGACGCCUGCCCUGCUCCACUCCCGCUGCCUCUGUGUUGACCGCCUGCCCCCCGGCUUCAGCGAUGUGGAUGCCCUGCGCCGGGCUCUGUCAGCUGUCCACACGCCGACCUUCUGCCAGCUGGCAUACGGCCAGGACGGGCAGCUGAAGGGCUUUGCCGUGCUGGAGUACGAGACAGCUGAGAUGGCUGAAGAGGCACAGCAGCAGGCAGACGGCCUGGCCCUGGGGGGCAGCCACCUGCGCAUCUCCUUCUGUGCCCCCGGGCCCCCAGGCCGCAGCAUGCUGGCUGCGCUCAUCGCCGCCCAGGCCACAGCCCUCAAUCGGGGCAAAGGGCUUCUGCCUGAACCCAGCAUCCUGCAGCUGCUCAACAGCCUGGGCCCCUCUGCCUCCCUCCAGCUGCUGCUCAAUCCUUUGCUCCACGGCAACUCGGGAGGCAAGCAGGGUCUCCUGGGUGCACCCCCGGCUAUGCCACUGCUCAACGGACCUGCCCUGUCCACGGCGCUGCUGCAGCUGGCCCUGCAGACCCAGGGUCAGAAGAAGCCCGGAAUCCUGGGAGACUCUCCCCUGGGCACCCUCCAACCUGGGUCCCAGCCGGCCAACCCCCUCCUUGGGGAGCUGUCUGCAGGAGGGGGCCUGCCCCCGGAGCUGCCACCCCGGCGAGGGAAGCCACCACCCCUGCUGCCGCCACUGCUUGGCCCUUCUGGGGGUGAUCGGGAAACCAUGGGCCUGGGUCCCCCAGCAGCCCAGCUCACUCCAUCCCCUGCCUCUGUGGGACUGCUAGGCACUGGCCUCAGAGGCCUCCAGAAAGACAGUGGACCUCUGCCAACGCCCCCCGGGGUCUCACUGCUUGGGGAGCCCCCCAAGGACUUCCGGAUCCCCCUGAACCCCUACCUGAACCUACACAGCCUGCUCCCGGCCAGCAACCUGGCGGGUAAGGAGGCCCGGGGCUGGGGAGGCGCUGGGAGAAGCCGCCGCCCAGCUGAGGGCCCCCUGCCUAAUCCUCCAGCCCCCAGAGGUGGCGGCGGAGGCGGUGGCAGCAGCAAAGCCUUCCAGCUCAAGUCCCGCCUGCUCGGCCCCCUCACCAGCGCCCACCUGCCCCCUGAACCAGGGCUCCCUGACAGCUAUGGCUUCGACUACCCCUCAGAUGUGGGACCUAGGCGGCUCUUCUCCCACCCACGGGAGCCAGCCCUUGGCCCUCACAGACCCAGCCGACACAAAAUGUCCCCCCCACCCAGUGGCUUCAGCGAACGGAGUGGCGGGGGCAGUGGGGGAUCCCUCUCUCAUUUUUAUUCGGGCUCGCCCACUUCCUACUUCACCAGCGGCCUGCAGGCCGGCCUCAAGCAGAGCCACCUUAACAAGGCGGUCGGUUCCUCCCCACUGGGCUCCGGAGAAGGGCUCUUGGGCCUCAGCCCUGGGCCCAAUGGCCACAGCCACCUGCUGAAGACGCCACUGGGUGGCCAGAAACGCAGCUUUGCCCACCUGCUGCCCUCGCCAGAACCCAGCCCAGAAGGCAGCUACGUGGGACAGCAUUCCCAAGGCCUUGGCGGCCACUACGCAGAUUCAUACCUGAAGCGCAAGAGGAUUUUCUAAGGGGCCAGUGCCAGAGAUCCUCCGGGCCUGCACCAAAUCGCUUUUGGAUUUUCUGGUGUUUUGUGUUUUGUUUUUGUUUUCCUUUCAGUAAUAGAAAAAUCUCUGAAAGACUUUGCUGACCAACCAGCUGGAGCCCAAGGAGCAUGGGAGAAUCUGGAGGCCACUCUGCAUCUCUGGCCUGCUCCUGGCCUGGAAACCCUGCAGCCUUAAGAGAGAGUGCAGCCGGGCCCCUUUCUGCCCUCCCCUGUGUCUGCCUACAUCUGCCUCUCUGGGAGUCCUCUCCUGCCUUGUCGCUCCUGUAUCUCGGCCUUUCGAGUGCCUUGGAGGCUUCCCUAGCCUCCCGUGAGGAUCAGAGACUAUCCCCCUUUUUUAACUUUGACAAUUGACUUUUGUUUCCUUUUCUAAUUUUUAUUAUUU